AUGCGUGUGUAUUCCGUUCUGUUGGUAGUCACAAUUGCCUUUCUUGCAAACAGCGCUGCGGUCGCAGCUAACCGCGACGAGGCUCAAGUUUCGAAGCUGCUUCGCCGUGAAAACACUGAGAGACGGCAUCUGAUUCUUGAUUUGGCAGAGGACUUACCUGGAAUUGGGGAGAAUUUGGAAGAAAUUUUGCAAAGUAAUGAACACCUGAAACACGAAGUGCCCGAGUGGUGCGAGGAAAUUGCAGAGCAAAUAAAGGACUUUACACAAAAAGCUUUAGAGACUGGGGAUAUAAAGCUUUCUAAAAAAGACCAACGCGCAAAUUUCAAGAAGAAUUACCUAUUGGCCCAAAGUUUGAUUCAACAAAAGAGAGAGUGUGAGAAGAAGGAAUAA